CAAUUUCAUGUUCUAAUAGCCCACCCCUUCUUCCUCCUCCUCGAACCCUAGCCCUCUCGUCGACGAUUCUCGGGGGGACUUGAACCAAAAUUUUGAGCGCGUCGUCCUUGGUUGUCCUCAGAUUCAGCCGAGACCAGUGAUCUCCAGAUGUUGCUGUGGCCAAAUACAUUGUGUCCAUAUCUAACGUAGUUUGAUGGAUAUUGCAUCUGGAGCAUCUUUGAUGGCAUGCAGUACAAGUUUUGCCCCUCUCGGUAUUUCCACCCGUCCCCUAGUCACAGAUACAAAAAUCCGUUGGCAAAGCUCCAAUUUACGCACUCGGAAAAACUUGCCCAAGUACCUCACCGUCCGUGCAGUCCAAGGGACUGAAGGGCCUCGAAGGUUGGUCGACAUUAUAAGAAUCAUCCCUGACAUUUGGAGAAAUUAUUUUAGAAGCCGACCUAGGCGAGCGCUUUUUGGAGGCAUCUCUCUAUUGGGCGGCUUUUAUGUUGCGCAGACAAUUUCUCUAUCUUUCGGCGCGUUGGGUGUGAAUGAUGUUAUAGCUGCAGUAGUAUGUGUCCUCCUUACAGAAUAUGUGACUAGAUUCUACUACAGUCGGCCUAAGGUAACCUUUCCUCUUGCGCUCCUCAACAAUUUCAAGAUGGGAUUUACCUAUGGCCUUUUCAUCGAUGCUUUCAAACUUGCUAGUUGAGUGAUAAUUCUAUUGGCCAAUGUAUUAUUCUUCUUCCACUCUCUGAAUCAUACUAAGAUUAAAAGUAUGUUGUUGUAAAGAAGCCGCGGAUUUUAAAUCAGGUAUAUAGGAUGUUUACGAAUUACUGCUUGGCUGUUCAAUAUUCUUAAGCACUCUGCCGCCUCUCAACUACGUAUGGAGAUGACACUAGAACUGCUAUACUGAACCUGCUAACGUUGCAUCUUGUCAAGAUCUCUCUGUCUCUUAUGUUCCAUGGAGCAAAUUCCACUGUUCUGAUCAGAAAAAUUGUGAAGUGAAAACUGGAUGCAUGGCUAUCUCUAGUACACCUUGAUGUGGAUGGUGCCGCUAAAUCAACGCUGCUUCAGGCCUGAGAAUAUAUAUACUGAUCUGUAUGUUCCUACUGGUGUGCUGUGGCAAUUGUGCUGAUAGUUUCUGCAUUACAUGCCUUUUCCACUAUCAAGCUACUUUAGCAGAUAUUUAGCAGACAUUUUGUAUGUGUUUUCCAUUUGGGAGAAGAAAUUGGAUAGCGUAUUAAUUUUGAUGUGUGCUAUUACAGUGGUGACACGUCUUUUAGAUUAGCUUUCCUUGUUAUUACAAGUAGCAAUCUUUUGCUAUUCUAGUAGCGACUCUAAUGUAGUUAUCGUGCUUUGGAUGAAAAAGAAAUCACCUCAGCAUAAAGUUUUAGAAA